CAGAGAUGUGGUUAAAGGCAGGUUUGAUAUAAGGGAUAACAGGAGAAUGAAGUACUUCUAUUUGUCCAUCAAAAAUGUGAGCACAGCCGACUCUGGAACGUACUGGUGUGGCUCUGACAGGACAUGGCAGCAGGAUAAAUACAUCAAAGUCCUCCUCUCUGUAGACCCAGAGGCAGAACCAGAAUCAGCUCCUGGAUCUAAAUCAUCUACGACAGAGAGAUAUGAAUCCCCUAAUCCUCCGAAUAUAGGUAUGAUUGCCGGAGUAGUAGUGUUUUCGGUAUUGUUUCUGAUACUUGUAAUUGUACUUAUACUGUACCGACACAAACUCCCCAGGACAAAAGAGUAUUCUGCUGCACGGGGUUCAUCAGAGGACAACACUGGACACAGCAAUGAGGGAGAUAUUAGAGAGCACCACUAUGACGACAUACAGAUGCAGAACCAGCAAGCAGGUUUAGGAGAAGCACUGCCGUCCGUUUAUGCCACUGUCAACCUUCCCGCAGACCAGCUCCACUAUGCCAGCGUCCGUUUCCAGAAGGACACAGCAGAUGGGAAUACACUUCCUGUCACCUCAGUUUGCGACUCCUCCUCUAUCAGUUGGCCACAGGGUGCCACCCAUCCUCCAGCAGAAGAGCAGACUCUCUAUUCUACACUUACAUAUCCUGAGGAACCAUGAGACAGUCUUUCACCUAUUGAUGUUCGCUGUGCAGUUUGAGGGGAAAAUGCUGUGAAGGAUUUGCUUUUGUCUUAUGUACAUACUGCCCUUUUACACAGAAUAUGGAAAAGUGAUUCGGCAACAUUUAUGACUGUU